AUGGCCGAGUGGAGCGAACAUGCCCACUACGGCAACCCUACCGGGCCCGUCGGCAUCCCACCCGCCGUCACCGCGCUCAGCUUUGACCCUUACUCCGAGCUCCUCUGGCAGGGCACCUCCUUUGGCACCGUCUCGUCCCUCUACUCCUCCCAGCUCUCCCGGUACACCUCCUACCUCGCACACGGCCUCCCCACGCAUCCUUCGCCCACCAAGGGCAUCCUUGCAGACGAGCGUCACAUCUUUUCCGUCGGCGACAAUGGCAUCAAGGCUGCACAGCGUCGCGGCUUGGCAAAGUGGUCCACGCUCACCCAUGACUUUGGCGCCGACAGCAUGAACCUCGUCUCCAUGUGCGCUUCGCCCCUCGCCGCCUCUUCCGACCUCGUCGCCGCCGGCCUCUCCCAGUCCGCCGCCAGCACGGGCGAGAUCGACAACGACAACGACCUCAUCCUCACCGUCAACAACAGCACAGGCGCCCUCCUCCGCUCCGUGCCUUCCGAAGCGCCCAUCGUGCAUGUUCGCAAGAGCGGCCGCUACAUCUGCGCAGCCACCGUCACCGGCCACAUCCAGCUCCGCGACCCACGCACGCUCAAGGUCGAACAUCGCCUCCACGCUCAUCCGGGCGGUCUCGUCGACGUCCAGGCCGACGGCAACAUCCUCUACUCGGUCGGCUGGACCGUCCGUCAGGGCCACCCGGUCCCAGAGCCCCUCAUCCGCGUACACGACCUCCGCUCCAUGCGCGCCCUCGUGCCCAUCCCCUUUGCCGCUCCCGGCGGCCCCUCGCUGCUCGCCAUCCACCCCAAGCUCUCCUCCACCAUCAUCGUCUCGGCGCCCCAGGGCCAGUUCCAGAUCGUCGACAUCGCCACCCCCGGCGAAGGCCGCUUCUUCUACACCAACGCCUCCUCCUUCACCACCUCCCUCGCCGUAUCUCCCUCCGCAGACUACAUCGCCUUUGGCGAGGCUGACGGCAGCGUGCGUCUCUGGAGCAGCUCCUCCGACACCUCCAACCUCCGCUUCAACACCUUCAACUCCUCCGCACUCGACUUCCCAGACAUGGCAGAACCCACGCCCUUUGUCAACUGGUCCACAGAGACCCCGCUCUCGUCCAUCGGCAUGCCCCACUACAACGACAAGCUGCUCUCCUACUUUGACCACGACGACUACGUCUCCGAAGCCUCGCCCCUCUUCAACCCGCCCUCCAAGAUCGACCCCGCCGUGCUCAACAACCUCAAGACCGUCGACUAUCUCGGCUACGCCAGCCUCCCGCCCCAUCUGCGCGGGCAGCGCAACCUCGUCACGGGCAAGGGCCCCGGUGGGAUCCGUGCCAGCGCGCUCCAUCGGCCCGAGGACCGCAAGAAGAUCGGCAUCCCUCUCUUCCGCAGCGAAAAGGAGAAGGAGCAGAGCAAGAAGGCCGCCGCCGCUGCUGCUGCCGGCGUCAGCGCUGCAGACAAGAAGAAGAAGAAGGCCGACAAAAAGCGCGCAGAGGCAGGAUCCGACAGCCUCUCCGCUUCCGCCGAUUCGCGCGUGGAGCGCAAGCAGGCCUCGGACACGGCUCCAGCAUCAUCGCGCGCCACCACCACCGACUCCAAGAUGGCCACCAGGCAAACCAGUCCUACCGACGAGUCCGGCGAGCCCUCCAAAGCUGCCGCUGCGGCCUCGGACAGGGAGCACGACUCGGAUGAUGAUUCGGACGACUCGGACGCUUCCGAUGAAGAGCAAGGUCAGGAGGACUUUGAAACGGCCGAGGCAAUGCUCGCCAAGGGCCAGAUGCCGUCGUACUACCGUCUCAAGACGAUCCAGUACUCGCGCUUCGGCGUCGAGGAUUUCGAUUUCGACUUUUACAACAAGACGCCCUAUAGCGGUCUCGAGACGCACAUCCAGAACUCGUACGCCAACUCGUACCUGCAGGCGCUCCACUAUCUGCCGCCGUUCCGCGAGAUGGCCAAGGCGCACAUCCUGCACGACUGCGCACGCGACAAUUGCCUGCUUUGCGAGGCGGGCUUCCUCUUCCGCAUGCUCGAGGACGCACGCGGCGCCAAUUGCCAGGCGUCCAACUUCUUGCGCGCGUUCGGAAACAGCCACAAGGCGGCCAGUCUCGGGCUCAUGGAUCGCGAAGACAGCGUGACCAACGUCUCGGGAGGCAGCAGCGCCGGUAAGAACGAGAUCGUCUACAGCCAGCUCGUUCAGACGCUCAACCGGUUCGUGCUCGACUGCACCGCGGCAGAGGCACAGUCGGUGGCCAGCACGGCAGCUGCGGCCGCAGCAACAACGGGAUCUCGAGGGCCACCACCGGGUUUAGGUCCACCCAUGAGCAGCAAUCGUGGCGGUACUGCUGGAGGGCGUCGGCCAACGGGCGAGCCUGCGUCGCCGACAUCGGGCAGCCAGACCGACAGUGUGUCGGCAGCGAGCUCGCCCGUGGCCAAGCUGUUUGCGCUCGACGCGCAGACCAAGACGGCGUGCAUCCACUGCGGGCGCGAGUCGAGCCGUGCAAGUCCCGCGCUGAGCGUCGACCUGGUCUAUCCGCGCCGGCCGAUGUCGAACGAGGCGCCUGCGCCCGCCGACUUUGCGUCGGUGCUGCGGGCGUCGCUGGUGCGCGAGAUGCAGAACCGUGCGCCCUGCCGCGCAUGCCAGUUCACCGCCAUGUUCCGCACGCGCCGCGUCAUGCCGCCGGCGGCGGAGCUGCCGCGCGUGCUGUCGGUCAAUGCGGCCAUCCAGGCUCCCGAGCAUCUGCACUACUGGUUGAACGACAGCCAGGGUGCGCCCCAGCCGGCCCCGCACCCAAGGCACGGCGCGAUGCCCCACCAGCCGUAUGGAAAGCAGCCCUUCGGCCGGCGUGCACACAAUGCUGGGCCGGAAGCCAGAAGCGACGGCGGUGGUGGGCAGGACGAGGAGACACGCACCUACCUGCCUCCGCGCGUCGCGAUCGGCGUGCAGGGCGACGAUGUGCGCGUGGUGCCAAUCUACACGCCUGUGGAUCUGGAGCGCGCCAAGGCGAGGUUGGGGAACUAUGCGGUGUACCGGCUGCGCUCGAUGGUGGUGCAGAUCUCGGCGGACAAGGAGCAGCCGCAUCUGUGUGCGCUGGUGCGCGUGCCCGAGGCCGAAUGCGGCGAUGCCGUGACGCCGCGCAUGGCGAAUGCGGGUGCAGCGGGUGUGAAGAAGGUGCGGCAGAAGGGCCAGGUGGGGCCUUGGUACCUGUUCAACGACUUUUUGGUGCGCAACGUCCCGGAAGCCGAGGCGCUGGGAUUCCAGAAUGCGUGGAAGAUGCCUUCGGUGCUCAUGUGGGAGCGCGAAGACAUGCCCGCACUCUCGGUGGACGAGCUGCGGCAGGGACGUACGUCGAUUGACCCGACGAUCCUGUGUCGCGACUACAACAUUGCGCUGCAUCGCGAUCCGGCGCGGAUCAGGCACAGCGUUCUGACGCAGGACGAGUUGCCGAAGCCGGGCACGUUGGUGGCGAUUGAUGCCGAGUUCGUAGCGCUCAACCAGGAGGAGCUCGAGAUUCGAUCGGAUGGCACGCGGUCGGUGAUCCGGCCGACGCGGCUGUCGCUGGCGCGAGUCUCGGUGGUUCGUGGACAGGGGCCCAAGGAGGGCGAGGCGUUUAUCGACGACCACAUCCACACGCACGAAGACGUGGUGGACUACCUCACCAAAUUCUCGGGCAUCCUACCGGGCGAUCUGGACCCGAGCACCUCUUCGCACACGGUGGUGCCGCACAAGUCGGCGUACAAGAAGCUGCGACUGCUCGUCGACUGCGGCUGCAUCUUUAUCGGCCACGGGCUCAAGAAAGACUUCCGCAUCAUCAACAUCUUUGUACCCCCGAGCCAGGUGAUUGACACGGUGGAUCUUUUCCACAGCCCCAACCACCCUCGACGUCUCAGUCUGCGAUUCCUCAGCUGGUUCCUGCUCAAGAUCGACAUCCAGUCGGGAUACCACGCCAACAACCAGGUCACGGCGCGACUCUCGCAGGCGUCGCAGCAGGACUCUCCCGCAAAGUCGACGGUGGAAAGUGUGGCCAAUUCGGCAGCGGGGGCGGGAAGCACAGCGGUCGAGGGCGGACACGACAGUAUCGAGGAUGCCCUGGCGGCGUUGAAGUUGUUCCGCAUGUACGAGGUGUUCAACUCGUCCAACCGGCUCGAAGACGUGCUGGAGGAUAUCUACGAGGCGGGCAGGAGGCUCAACUGGAAGCCGCCCAAUGCUGUGUAG